AAUUGAUAUCAAAAGGUCAACAUGGCGUUGAGAGCAGCUUGUCGCAUGGGAAUGUCCUGCAAUGGACUUCUCAGUUCUGGAUGGUCGUGUGGUAUCGUGAGACAAUGUUCAGCAUUGGACACUCGCAUUUGGAUGUUGUACAGACAAAUACAUUUGACGUCAUGGGUGAAAAGUUCCGAUUCAUUAGCACACAUGACUUAUGGAGAUCUGUUGUUAUCGGUAAGUGGUGGCCGUGGUAGUCGAGGAGGACGAAGGCGAGGCGCUAGAAAAGGGAAACCUAGCAGUGAUGUACUUACCUUAGGCAAGGCUGGUAUGAAAUUCCCUGGAUUAAAUUCUCCUCUCCCCCCUUUGCCGGAAACAGGUUUGAGUCAUGCUCAGAGACCUAUAUCUCGUCAGAGCUUUCGAUCUAAGAGUGAAACAGAUGAUGAGGAUGAUGUAGCAAUGGUUAAUAGAAGGAAGUUGAAAGAACAUGUAAGCGUGAAACCUCAGAUACCUUACGUAAAGGGAUGGAGUGGGAAGAGCUGGGAAGGAAGAAGUUAUGGUUCACCUGAAACACCAGAUGGAAGUGUACUCGAUGCAUUUGAUUCAAGAGUAAUAGAGUUGACUAAUGUUGCUAUCAUGACACAUGCUGGGAGGAAGAGGAGGAAACGAGCUGUAGUUGUGGUUGGAAACAAGAAUGGAGCUGCAGGGUUUGCUGUUGCUGGAGGUGGUGAUGCUCACUCUGCUAUGCGAAAAGCUAGAAAUCAAGCUGCAAAUGUUCUUCAGUUUGUUGAACGCUACAAUGAACACACCAUUUAUCAUGAUGUGAAGAGUAGAUUUUGCAGAACAAAUGUUAUUAUGCAGAAAAGAGUAAAGGGUUAUGGACUGAAAUGCCAUCGGAUCGUAACUGAAAUAUGCAAACUUGUAGGAAUUAGUGAUCUUCGAUGCAAAGUGAUUGGGUCAAAAAAUCGUUUGAAUGUUGUUCAAGCUGCAUUCAAAGCCCUAUGCAGCCAGGAGACACCGCAGAUGCUAGCAGAUAGAACAGGACUGCGGGUGGUUGAGAUGAGAUCGGAGAUGGGUAUGAGACCAGUGGUUCUGGCAGUGCCAGAGAAAGAGAGAGUAUUGUAUGAGAAAACAAGACAAGCAGUAGGGUAUGGAAGACACUGAGAACUGAUGUUAGCAUGUGCACUAGUACAACUAGGCACAAACAGUGUGAUGUGCCGAACUGUACGUCAGAACAACAUAUUUAUGAUUUAUGACAUUAAAGUAGGAUUUAGUUGUAUUAUUGAUGCAGACAUGUUAUUGGAUUACUUUCAGCAACCACUGAAGCUGCGUAUGGUAUGGGUCAAUAC